AUGGCUGACAAAAGUGCAUUCGUGCCUGUUGAAGCAACGGGUAGUCUUGGUACACGACCAGCGGAGCUUGAUAUUGAUAUUGAUGACGAUUAUUUUGGAGGUGGCAAGAAACAGGAACAGGCACCACCACCACCACCACCCCCUCCUCCUCCUCCUCCUCCUCCUCCUUCACCUCCACCACCUAAAAAAACAGACGAUACUAAGAAGAAAAUCGUUUACAAGAAAUCGAAAACAUAUCAGAAGACUUAUGCUUAUAAGCGAACAUAA